AUGGGCUGCUUCAGUUUCCUCAAGGUUAUGAUGAUCUUGUUUAACCUGGCCAUAUUUCUUGGCGGAGGGACGCUCCUGGGUGUCGGGAUCUGGGUCGCCGUGGACGGGAGCUCGUUCUCCAGCAUAUUUGGCUCGUCCAGCAACUUGCCGUUUGUGAACGUGAGCUACUUCCUCAUCGUCAUCGGCGCCAUCCUGGUGGUGCUUGGCUUCCUGGGAUGCUGCGGGGCCCAGAAAGAGAGCAAAUGCCUCCUGAUCAUGUUCUUCUCGAUCGUGCUGAUCAUCUUCAUUGCUGAGAUCGCUGCUGCGGUGGUGGCGCUGGUCUACACGUCUCUCGCGGAGACCAUCCUGGAAUCAACGGUGACUCCGACGCUGAAGAAUCAGUACGGGAAGGUUCCUCAAGUCACGGAGAUCUGGAACACCACCAUGAGUACGGUGAAAUGCUGCGGCUUGACGAACUACACAGACUUCACUGACUCUUACUACUACAAGGAACACAACAACACGUACCCAGCGUUCUGCUGCAACCCCGUCAGCAUCCCGUGCAAUGCGACAGCUGCACACAGCAGCAACGUAGAGGGUUGCUUCAAGCAGCUGCUGAGCGACAUUCGCAAGAACGCGGGCGUGGUGGGGGGCGUGGCGGCAGGGAUCUGUGCACUAGAGAUCGCAGCCAUGGUGGUAUCUAUGUACCUGUACUGCCAGCUGGAUAAGAAGUGA